UUUUUCAUUGCAUCCAUUUUUGUGCAUUUAAGAAAUCUCCAAGAAUUAUAAACCUGGAGGAAAGCGAGAAAGAGAGUGUGGGGCAAGGACUCGAAAGAAAAACUAACAAACAAGGAAAGAGGCGACGUCUUUAUUUCAAAAUGCGAGCAAACCCAUUCUAAAGGAUGACCGCGAUGGGUUAGACAGGAUUUAACAUGAUUGCAAAAUAAAAGCAAUUGUGUGUAGCGAUGUCAGCUCCACUCGGGCCCCGGGGCCCAGGCGCCCCCCCGCCGACUGGAGCCCUACCCGACCUGCCGGACCUCAGCCACCUCACCGAGGAUGAGAGGAAGAUCAUCCUGGGCGUCAUGGACCGACAGAAAAAGGAAGAUGAGAAGGAACAGUCAAUGCUAAAGGUCAAAGAAGAACAAAAGCCUCAGCCGGCACAGUGGUUUAGUCCCUUUAGUGGGAUCACUGAGCUGGUAAAUAACGUUCUGCAACCGCAGCAAAUGUCCCAAAAUGAGAAGGAGCCUGAGCCUGAGCCUGAGCCUGAGACGAAGCUGCACCAGCAGUUUGAGAGCUACAAGGACCAGGUGAAGAAGAUGGGGGACGAUACGACCCCGCAGACGGGGACGACAGGAGAACCCCAGAAGAACCCCAAUGACUCUCCUACCUGCGGGAUUUGCCACAAAACCAAAUUCGCUGACGGCUGCGGCCACCUCUGUUCAUAUUGCCAAACGAAAUUCUGUGCUCGGUGUGGAGGACGAGUGUCUCUGCGGUCAAAUAAGGUUAUGUGGGUAUGCAACUUGUGCCGAAAACAACAAGAAAUCCUAACCAAGUCGGGGGCGUGGUUCUACAGUGGCGCCGCAGGGCCACGGGGCGGGUCUGAGGGCCCCAGGGGUCGACGUCACGAGGAGGCCCCCCAGGAGAAGAAGGCCAAACUGCAGCAGGAUCUCCUCUACCAGGGGCCCCCGGGGGACGUAUCAGCAGACAGAAGCAGACCUCCCGGACUCCCCAGACAAGGCUCCCUCAACAACGGCUCAGGGCUGAGGCUCUCAGGUCCAGGACAGGACAUAGACAGGAAACGAAGCCCAUCAGCAUCCAGGGAUCCAAACCAAAGAUACGACCAAAGGGAGGAGCGGGGUCAGUAUGCCCUGGGGGACGGCACCAUGCCCAGAUCACCGUCCGACUACGGGGAUGGGGACCCUCGGCGUGGGGCCCCACGGAGGUACCAAGACGCUGAGGCGGCGCGGGGGGAGUACCGUGGUGGGCGUGGCCGCUGGCGCUCCCAUGAGGACUACCCUCUGGACCAGGACGGGCCCUACCCUCUAGACGGGCCCUACCCUCUAGACGGGCAGCCCAAUGAGUACGAGCUGCAGCGCCAGCGCCAGGAGGAGUACCAGACACGCUACCGCUCCGACCCCAACCUGGCCCGUUACCCCGUCAAGCCCCAGCCCUACGAGGAGCAGAUGAGGAUGCAUGCUGAGGUGGGCCGGGCCAGGCACGAGAGGCGCCACAGUGAUGUGUCUCUGGCCUACACGGAGCAGGAUGAGCCCCAGGGACCAAUCCGCCUGUCCAGACAGCACCUGACCGAGCGCCGGCCGCCCAUGGUGGGCCAACGCUCCUACUCCAUGGACAGAAACUCCCCCACUCCUGGAGGCCACCCCCGGACCUCCAACCACAGCCCCCCCACCCCACACCGCAGCCCCGUGCUGGGGGACAGGUCAGGGGACAUGAGGCGGGGGCCAGGGGAGCCAAUAGGGUUCAGGGGUCAUGAUUAUCUGGACCCCAGCUCUGCAGUCAGGAAGACCAAGAGGGAGAAGAUGGACACCAUGUUGAGGAAUGACUCUCUGAGCUCUGACCAGUCCGAGUCCAUCAGGCCGCCGCCACCAAAGCCCCACAAAACCAAAAAGGGGGGUAAGAUGCGGCAAGUGUCCCUGAGCAGCUCGGAGGAGGAACUGGCCACCACGCCGGAGUACACCAGCUGUGAGGACGUGGAGAUAGAGAGUGAGUCUGUCAGUGAGAAAGGGGACAGUCAAAGGGGGAAAAGAAAAACUAUUGAGCAGGCAUUUUUGUCCGACUCAACACACAACACCUUAUCUGAGAGGCAAAAGAAAAUGGUUCGCUUUGGGGGCCACUCAUUGGAAGAGGACGCAGAAUGGUGCGAACCCCAGGUUAAAGACUCUGGCGUUGACACAUGCAGUAGCACUACCCUAAACGAGGACAAUCAGCAUAGCCAUAGUGAGAAGCAUCCAGUUACAUGGCAGCCCUCCAAAGAUGGGGAGCGCCUAAUGGGGCGGAUUCUGCUCAACAAGCGGAUGAAGGAUGGAAGUGUACCUCGAGACUCAGGAGCACUGCUGGGACUGAAGGUGGUGGGUGGAAAGAUGACAGAAUCUGGUAGACUUUGUGCUUUCAUCACUAAAGUGAGGAAAGGAAGUCUAGCGGAUACUGUUGGACACCUCAGACCAGGCGACCAGGUGCUGGAGUGGAACGGAAGGUUUUUACAAGGAGCCACAUUUAAAGAAGUUUACAAUAUCAUUCUAGAAUCAAAGCCAGAACCCCAGGUGGAACUGGUGGUCUCAAGGCCCAUAGGAGAUAUUCCUCGGAUACCAGACAGCACACAUGCACAACUGGAAUCAAGUUCGAGUUCCUUUGAGUCUCAGAAGAUGGAUCGCCCUUCUAUCUCUGUCACGUCUCCCAUGAGCCCCGGGAUGCUGCGGGACGCCCCUCAGUACCUGUCAGGACAGCUCUCAAGCCAAAGCCUUAGUAGAAGAACAGCGCCUUUUGUCCCUAGGGUCCAGGUCAAACUGUGGUAUGACAAAGUGGGCCAUCAGCUAAUAGUCACCAUCCUGGGAGCCAAGGACCUGCCUUCUCGGGAAGAUGGCCGCCCCAGGAACCCUUACGUCAAAAUCUACUUCCUCCCUGACAGAAGCGACAAAAGCAAGAGGAGAACAAAAACGGUAAAGAAAUCCUUAGAGCCCAAAUGGAACCAGACCUUUAUGUAUUCUCCUGUGCACCGGCGGGAGUUCCGUGAGCGCAUGUUGGAGAUCACCCUGUGGGACCAGGCCAGGGUCAGGGAGGAGGAAAGCCAGUUCCUGGGAGAGAUACUGAUAGAGCUGGAGACAGCCCUGCUGGAUGAUGAGCCUCACUGGUACAAGCUGCAGACCCACGACGUGUCCUCCAUGCCCCUCCCCCGCGCCUCACCCAACCCCCAGCGCAGACAGCUCCACGGAGAGAGCCCCACGAGGAGGCUACCCAUACAGAACAAGGGGCCAUAUUCGUACAAUUCAGGAUCUCAGAGAAUCAGUGACAGUGAGAUCUCUGACUAUGACUGUGAAGACGGUGUUGGUGUAGUGUCAGACUACCGGCAGAACGGCAGGGACCUACAUAGUUCCACGUUGUCUGUCCCCGAGCAGGCGAUGUCAUCCAACCACUGCUCGCGGUCGGCAGACAUGAACCGGGCGCGGUCACGGUCCCCCAGUGUCCCCCCUCCACAGAGCAGAAGCCUGGACCCCGGCUAUGACAUUGACCCCGCCUCGUCUCAGUACAGCUCCUCCAGUAGAGUGGACCGGCGCAGUGUGUCCGAUGACCACCACUCACCUGACAGGAACCACGGAGCCGUUGACAGGCAUGUGUAUCACAGCAGGUCCAGGUCAGCUGACCAGCGUCCCGCGCUAGAGCGCACCACCACGGAGCGGCCCGACUCCGCCCUCAUGAGGUCCAUGCCGUCUUUACCCUCCGGACGCUCCGCCCCUCCCUCACCUGCCUUAACGAGGGCGAACCCCCGCAGUGGAUCGGCUCAAACCAGCCCUACCAGUACCCCCAUGUCUGACAGGAGAGGAGGUCGGCAACUACCACAGCUUCCACCCACAGGGACCAAGGGCAGAAGUGCUAUAGAUGUGGAGGAGAGGACCAGACAGAUGAAGCUGAAGGUGAACAAGUUCAAGCAGGGGGCCGGGUGCGACUCCAGACUGGAACAGGACUACAACAAGAGGAGGGAUGGUCAGCGGGGUUCAGACAACAUGUCAGCCAAGUCUUCGGACAGUGAUGUAAGCGACGUGUCCGCUGUGUCGAGAACCAGUAGUGCCUCUCGGUUCAGCAGCACGAGCUACAUGUCUGUCCAAUCAGAACGGCCGCGAGGAAAGCAGAAGAUCAGUGACUUUACGUCCAAAAUGAAAAACAGGCAGUUGGGCACGUCGUCAGGGAGUAUGAACAUGACCAAGAGCACAAGCAUCGGUGGAGACAUGUGCAACCUGGAGAAGACGGACGGCAGCCAAUCGGACACAGGCGUGGGCAUGGUAGGCGGGGACGGGGACGGGGACAAGAAGAGACGCUCCAGUAUUGGUGCCAAAAUGGCGGCAGUGGUUGGCCUCUCGCGGAAAAGCAGGAGUACCUCUCAGCUCAGCCAAACAGAAGCUGGUGGGAAGAAGCUUCGCAGCACCGUGCAGAGGAGCACAGAGACGGGCUUGGCCGUAGAGAUGAGGAGCAGGAUGACUCGGCAGGCCAGCAGGGAGUCCACCGACGGCAGCAUGAACAGCUACAGCUCCGAGGGAAACCUGAUCUUCCCUGGUGUGAGACUGUCCUCCGACGCCCAGUUCUCUGACUUCCUGGAUGGACUAGGCCCAGCCCAGCUGGUUGGACGACAGACGCUAGCUACACCACCCAUGGGUGACAUCCAGAUUGGAAUCGUAGACAAGAAAGGAGCUCUGGAGGUGGAAGUGAUCCGAGCCCGUGGCCUUGUGGGAAAACCAGGUUCCAAGGCACUGCCAGCACCAUAUGUAAAAGUGUAUCUUUUGGAAAACGGAGCCUGCAUAGCCAAAAAGAAAACAAAAGUAGCAAGAAAAACCUUGGAUCCCCUUUACCAGCAGCAACUGCCUUUCGAAGAGGCUCCUGGAGGGAAAGUUCUACAGAUCAUUGUAUGGGGAGACUACGGACGCAUGGACCAUAAAUCCUUUAUGGGAGCAGUUCAGAUACUUUUAGAUGAGCUGGACCUGUCUAACAUGGUGAUUGGUUGGUUCAAGCUCUUUCCUCCUUCCUCAUUGGUGGACCCUACCCUGGCCCCCUUGACAAGAAGAGCUUCCCAAACGUCAUUGGAUAGCCGGUCAUAGCAGUGUGUGGACUGAUAGCAUUGUUGUAGCAGCACCCAGUGUUGAGGUUGAACAUGCUGCGACAGACAGGUCACGCCCCCCGGUUACACUGCAUGCUUGAUGUUGUGUCUUCUGAGCCUGUUUCUAGGGGUGCAAACGUGAUCCUGUGUUUUGACAAAAAUGUCGCACACAUUGUGCGUAGCGAGCGUCGCUCCCUCGGCCGUGUCUGAGCACCAGCUCGGAUUAGAAGGCCGUAACGGACUCCUUAGCACCAGGAAUUGUCUCUAAAUCGAGCGAUUCCAGGUUUUCAUCCAAUCUAAGCCAUGGGGGUCGGAACUGGGAACCCGCUCGAUGAGUUCUACAGAAGCCCUUUUCGAAUGAAAAAUACAUGUUUUUGUUUCUAAUUAUUUUGUUUGUUUUUUGUUUGUUUUAUUGUCGAUGUACUUGUAUACCUGAAGGGGUGACUGACAGUGUUGUCCUGUCCAGAAGCUUGGUCAUGCCACGCCAACAGACCUAGCUAGAUGUGUAAAUGGAACUAUGAGGAUCAUUGCAAUUGGAGAGGUGGGGUGUCCCAACUAAAGCUCAAACUCCGAAUAUGAGGCCCUAUUCAAAAUAGUAGUAGAUCACACCAGAGAGAGACAAUACUAAAGUUACUAAAGGCAAUACAGAAGUGGCUACUGUACUAUCGACACUCCAGAAUCUAUUGAUCAGAACCCACAACAAGAAUAACUUUUAUGACCUAACAUUAUUAUUUCUCUGUUGAUAUAUUGUAUGACAUUUAAAUGAAGAUUUAAAAUAAAAAAAAAGAUUUUUUUGCAUGGACAAAAAUUUAGCUGAAAAAAAAAGACCAUUAUUUUCUUGAGGCUGCGACUUGCAAAAAAAGAUGAAGAAAAACUAAUAAAACACAUCAGCCAUUUUCAACAAUUUAUAUUAUUUUUAAAUAUAAAUUUCACUAGUGCAUGGUUUUCAAAGGGGAGUGAAUGCAACAGCGUGAUAAAAAAAAGACACAUUGUUUAUCAUUCUUUAGACCAUCCAUUACAUAAGUCUGUGUUCGGCAGACAUACAGUAAGAGAAACUCAAAUAAAAACUUUUGGAGUUAUUUAACAAAAAAAAACUGUUUAUGUGACAAAGUGAUGAUGAAAAUAAAUGUAAAUUAUUUAUUUCAUUGUAAAGGUUUACAAACCUUAUAAAGAUAAACAUUAUGUGCAAAUUGUACACGUCUCUUUCUCUCCCUUGUCCCAGGGCAUCCCCCUGAUAUUGUCCAGAGUUUCAGGACUGUUGGUUCUUUUACAGCUCUGUAUCGUUUCAAUAUGUCUUUUUUGGCGAUUUGUUGAACAAGCAUGUUGAAAAGGAUUUUCUGCAACAUGGCUUGGGCACACCUUAAAGUAACUCAGCAUGUUUUGAUAAAGAGGAUGUUUGGGAGUUUUGCAGUUUCUUGUACAGUGCAUGUCAACUUCGUUACUUCCCCCCCCCCCCUCACCUUCAAUUGAAUUCUACAGAAAAUUCAUUAGUUACUUUCAUGGCCAAACUAUUAAAACGUUUUAACAAAACAUUCCACUAACCCCUAGAUCAUAUUUUAUUUCCACUUUUUCAAAAAGAAUGACAAGGGAAAAUAUUUUAUAUUCAUUGGAGGUUGACAAAAAAAGUUAUGGUUGCGAGUGUAUUUUAUUUCAGUAUUGUUAACUAACAUGCAAAAAUAAUCUGUAUUGGUACAGCAAGAAGGAUAUUUAUAUCCAAGCAAGAUGCGGCAAACAUACAACUUAUGUACUGUAUAUCGCUGUGUAGUUCAGGCACUGUUUCUGAGGACCAGUAAAAACACAAGGUCAAACAACAUGGGAUGUUGCCACACUAUAUGAAUUUAGUUUUUUUUGUUUUUGUGAAAAUAUUAUUAAUUUCAUAUAUUUUUAUUUGUUUAUUUAUAAGCCAAGACCAGUUUAUUUUUUAUUUUUAGUAAUUGUAAAUGCUUCUUGUGUAUGGGAGGUAUAUGAAUCUUACAGUUAUGUCUGAAUGAAAAUAAACUGAGACGUUAUUCCUUUUCCAUGUUAAACCAAUACAUUCUAAUGUCCAUCCGAUAUCUUGUCACUAUAACAAGCUAUAUACUUUCGUUUUUGAUUUACAUUGUACAUAUGAGAAAUUUGAAUAAAACAAGCAAACACAAAUAGAUGACAAUAUUUUGGAAUAGGAAUAAUGUCUCACAUGAUGACAAAGACAUGUUAUUUACCCUUUUGAAUGCCUUUUCUUUCUUUUGUUUUGGUGCAAUGUGUUUAUGCCAAGGCUAUGUCUUGGUGAAGUAUGGUUGAGUACAGAGAUUUAUGUAAGUUAUUUUUCAAAUAAAAAAUGGAUAUUACACUGA